AUGGAAUCUAAGUAUAGAGAGUAUCGCUCCAAUCAUCGGAUGAUGGUCAAAAUUGUUGGUGAGGAUGGCCAAUUCCAAGCAUUACAUGAUAAGAUCAAGAAAAAGGAUGAGGAGUUGAAGGAGAAAUAUGAGGAGAUUAUGAGGGCCAUCGGCCAAUGCAGCAUGUUGGAAGAGACGCUAAGGUCUAAGGAGGAUGAGCUCGAAGUGAGCAAAAGGGUGAUAGCCGAGAAUACAGACCUCCGGGCGCAGGUAGCGUCCUUAAUAGUUGAUCUUGAACAAAGUGAGGCCAGGGUCGUCACCUUGGGGGCGGAGUUAAGCACUAGGGUCGAAGAGUUGAACUUGGCUGAGAGAACCAGGAUGUCCACCGUGGUGGAGGCAACAACAUUAGAGGGUAUCCUACGUGUUUGUAGGUCUGAGCAGGCUAGUGAGACGGAGACUUCGGCUCUCAAGUUGGAAAGGUUGGAGGAGCCGAUCAAGGGUUUGGAGGCAAAGCUAUAUGGGCUGAAUGAGCAGGUCAUCACCUUAAAGGCCGAGAAGGAGAAACAACAGGUCCAACCGUCUACUUCUCAUACUUCUGCUGAUCCUAGUGUGUCACGGGAGUUGUACAAGAUGUAG